CUUUCGAUUAUGUAUAAAAGGAAGGCAGCCAGAGUUCCCAAAUAACUUUGUCCGGAGGCGAUUCCGCAGCGUCUUCUCUCUGACUCAGGUUUGAAAAUGUCUGCAUCAAGCAUUGAUAAUCCAAACAGAAGAAAGCCACUGGCUUCAUACGUUGGGCGGAAGACGACCCCUUCCAAUAAUUCCAAUGCGGAAGAGAAUGAUGUCCCUGACUUUCAGCAUUUUGGACUCAAUCCUCGAGGACAACCCAAUCUGCAAGAUUCCCUUGAAAUUUGGGGCGUAAAUAUGCAUUCGGAUCCGGAUGAUGUGAACAAGAGACAGCAUCACACGGAGCUCUACAACUCCAAUCAUCUGAUUCUGAGACGUGGACAGCCCUUCCAGAUCACCCUCUCUACAAACCGGGCCUACAAAGAAGGAGAAGACAAGCUCUGGAUUGAGCUUUUGAUUGGUCGCUAUCCAAAUAUUGCUAAAGGAACUUACAUUCCAAUUUACAUGCAAAGCGAGUUGGAGAAAGGAAAAUGGGGAGCCAAAGUGAAGUCUGCCUGGGGAAACAACCUUACCCUUGCAGUCUUGUCUCCUGCAGACUGUAUCGUGGGAAGGUUCAGAAUGUACGUUGCCAUCAUGACCCCUUUUGGAAUCCGCAGAACUGCUCGAGAUAAAACAACUGAUAUCUAUUUCAUCUUUAACCCUUGGUGUGAAGAGGACACUGUGUAUCUCAGUGAUGCGGCUGAAAGAGAGGAGUACAUCUUAAAUGAUAUUGGCUGCAUUUACCAUGGGAAGUUUUCAGAAAUAAUAACCAGAUCUUGGAUUUUUGGACAGUUUGAAAGCGAUAUAUUGAAUGUGUGUAUCUACAUAAUGGACAGAGCCCAGAUGCCUCUGCAGACAAGAGGGUGCCCAAUCAAAGUGUGCCGCGUUGCAUCAGCCAUGAUUAACUCAAAAGAUGAUGGUGGUGUUCUUGUCGGAAAUUGGGACGGGCAGUAUCUUAGCGGAGUGGCUCCCACGGCCUGGAAUAACAGUGUGGAAAUCUUGAUGAAUUAUUUCCAGACCCAUUUCCCUGUGUGUUACGGACAGUGCUGGGUCUUUGCUGCAGUUUUAAACACAGUCCUUCGGUGUGUGGGAAUACCAGCCAGAGUGGUGACAAACUUCUCCUCUGCCCACGAUAAUGAUGGUAAUCUGUGCACUGACAUAAUUCUGGAUACAGAUGGAAAGAAGAUUAUCGAGUUAACCAAGGACUCGAUCUGGAACUACCAUUGCUGGAACGAGGGCUGGAUGUCCAGGCCAGAUCUUCCACCAGGUUAUGGUGGUUGGCAAGCAGUGGAUGCCACACCCCAAGAAACAAGUGAAGGCAUGUAUAGAUGUGGACCUGCGUCUGUUAAGGCUAUAAAACAGGGGAAGGUUUUCCUUCCAUUCGAUGGACCUUUCAUAUAUGCCGAGGUAAACAGUGAUGUUAUAUAUUGGAUCCAACAGCAGGACGGUUCCCUGAUUAAAGGAAACGUGAAGACUGAUGAAGUUGGCAAGUUGAUUCUGACCAAGGAGGUUGGGUCUGAUAUGAGGAACGAUAUAACAGAUCAGUAUAAAUAUCCAGAAGGUAGCCAAGAGGAGAGAUUGUCCCAGGACACAGCCAUCCAGUAUGGAAUUAAGAAAGAGCAAGUUGUAACUGAAAUGCCAACAGAUAUCUCAAUGGAUGUGCAAGUGGCUAAGAACAUUGUAGUGGGCACCGACUUCAAUAUUGACCUGGAGCUCAGAAACAACGGCAGCUCAACACAAAACCUCAGGAUCCAACUCUCUGGCUAUGUUGUGUUCUACACCGGAGUUCCAAAAGUCGAGAUUACCGAUGAGACACUUGAAGUGGAACUGGAACCUAAUCAAGUUCAUCAGGCAUCAAUAAGCAUUGAGUCUCAGGACUACGAGGAUAAACUGGUUGAACAGUCCUCUCUGCAGUUCCUUGUCACUGGAUAUAUUGCUGAGACAGGCCAGAAUUUGGUCACUGAGAAGGUCGUUGUCCUGCAGGUUCCAAAGAUAAAUAUGACGGUUGAAGGAGAAGUAGCCUUCGGGAAACAAGUGACUUUGGUCAUUCAGUUCACAAAUCCUUUCCAAAAGCCCCUGGAGUUUUUGGUUCUCCGCAUUGAUGGACUAGAUUACCUGAAACCCAGUCUAAAGUUAUUCAGCACCCUCGCUGAAAAUGACACCCUGGUAACGAAGGAGACAAUUAAACUGAAGAAACGUGGUCAGUGGAAGGUGAUAGCCAGUCUUGACUGCACUGAGCUCAGGCAGGUUGUCGGUGAGCUGCUAUUAAAUGUCAGUUAAAAGAAGAAGCAUUGAGCAGCUGCAAAUCAGUUUCACCAUGACACACGAGUACAGGGAAUAGGAAAAAGGAGCAAGUUUUCAAUAGUGCUUAAAAGGGAAUUUUCUGCUUUUUUAUUAAUACUGCCAUGCCACUGUAUAAUUUUUUCUAUGGAAUAGUAUUCAGUACUAAAGAAUUUAUCUUUGCUGGUUUUCACCUAUCUGUGUCACAAUAUUUUCAUAUCUUUGCAGUGGCUAUUUUGUGAUAUACUAAGAUGUGUUUAUAAACCAAAGUAAGGUCUAUAGCAAUACACUGCUGUUUCUUUCACGUGGCUUUAGGACCUGAAAGGCAUUUUUUAAAAUCACAUUGCAACUGAAAAAUGUAAUAGUAAACUUGGGUCAAAUAAAAUGCACAUUCAUGGCCGUGACUAUUACCUUGUUGUCUCCUUGCCCCUUGAGAUUGCUUCAUGCCCUUGUCUCCGAGCCAGCUGUGGCUCAGAGGGUAGUGUUGUCACUGAGUCAGAAGGUGUGGGGGCUAGGCUGAGUCACGAGUCUAAUACUGAGGGACGUGAUUUGGGUGAGACACUAAACCAAGCCCCAUCUUCUCCUUGAGACAUGUAAAACACCCUAUUCAGGUCAUGGCAGAGUGGAAGACCUCUGGUUGGGCUACAAGCUGAAAUGCUAGUUCUGGUUCUUCCUCCUGCCAGACCUGCAGACCAUUUAUAGCCUUUCCUGUUCAUUUCAGACUUCAAGCUUCCAUAUUAUUUUGCUUUAGUUAUAAAGGUUUUAUCCAAAUGAACACAUACAUAUCCACAGCAAGCAGCCUGAUCUGAUGGGAGCCCAUAUUGAGAUAUAAGGACUGGCAGAAGAUGCAGACUGUUGGGGUUCCAUGCCAAGAGAACACUUCUCAUAAAUAUCUCAUUAGUAACCACAGAACAUAUUAAUGCUAAAGUUUUAUGGACAGUUCUACUUCUUAAUGCAGUACAUUCAUUCUUUCAAUGUACACAAUUAUUAUUCUGAACGCUGCUAAUAAAGCUAACUUUGGCAUAAACUAA